AUGUUUACCAAAAAGUCCCAUCAAGAUGUUAAGAAAUCAACUGUUAAAAUACAAGAUUCGAAGAAGGAUUCUACGACUAGACUAAAACAUUUAAAAAUCGUUUUAGAACAUUUUGAUGCUGAUGAAGCCAAAAAUUAUUUUGAAAAUAACUUUAGUCAUGUUUACUUUAUCUUAUAUGACAAUUUUAUAUUAGCAGAAAAUAAUCUACGACAAAGAGAACUUCCGUUUCACCUAGUACAUAAAGCAGGAAGAGAAGAAUUAGAAGGGGCUUUAUCUCUUUUGGAAAAAGUAUUAUGUCUUUUACCAGAAUUAAUUGGUAAAAGAUGGCAGCUGCACUCUUUGACGAGAAUAUUUUCGAAACUACUUCACAGUGGAAAUUCACUGAAACUAAGAGAAGAAGCUAUAAGAUAUUUUUUGCUAUGGUAUCAGGCACUUGGAGAUAAUGCACCACCAGAAGUGAACAGAAUGUUUGCAUCACUCGUUCCAGGAUUACCUGAUUCAUGCAUACCACCUCUUGGAUCUCCUUUUAAAACAAAAGCUCAUGAAGCAAAUAUAUCAAAUGAUUUAGGAGAUUUCAAAAUGGAAGAUAUCAUGCAACAUCCCAACUUCAAUGCUUUAUCAGAUAGUGCCAAAAAGGUUGUUGUUGAACAAACUCCUACAGGUAUAAUGGGGAAGCUGGCGAACGUAUCGGCUUCUAUUUUCCACGAUACAAACGCGUUAAAUCCAGUUCAAAGCAUUGAUAUACUACCAUUAUUACCAGCCAGUGCUAAUGACAAAGUUGAGAACGAAACUAAGUAUUUCUUUGACAUACUUCUUGACGCAAUGGCUAAAUCAGUGAUCAAAAUACAUUGGAAGGACCGCUCGCAUGCAAAAGCAAUGAGGAGUUUCGCCUUUUUACUGGAGAAGUUCAAGACAUACUAUUUACCAAUAAUAUGUCCUCAAUUUAAUCACAAGAACUCAUUAUACAAGCCUAAUCUUGAGCUGCCAGUACAACACAAUAUAUUAGAAGAUGAUUAUGUAUUAUGCCGUGUAACACUUAUCAAGUGGGUGGCAAAUUAUGUACAUUUCCUCAAGAAGCCUGGGGGUAGUGAGGGUGGGCAGCCAUCUUCCAUGACCAGUAUAGGAUCUCAUGCGCCCCACUCAGGAACUCCUACCCCGGCAACAUCCUUGCAUCACGAGGAAGAGACCUCAUUUACUGUGGGUCACCCAUCAGACUCCAGUAGAGCUUCGUCACAUGAUUCUGCAUCUAUAACUCCACAUGCUAGUCUGGAAUCAGCAGGCUCAGGUGUAUAUGAAGAGCUGAGUGCCGAGCAAGUGGUGCGCGACGUGCUGUGCUGCUGGUCGCGCGAGCACGUCGACUUCACGGUGGAGGUGCUGCGCCAGGCGUUCCUGCUGCCCUUCUCGCACGCCGCCGCCAUACGACGCGUCAUCGCGCUGUACAAGGAUUGGAUACAAAUGAAUGUGGCAGAAAUUCCGCCUUUCUUGAUGGAGAGUAUCUAUGAGCAGCAAUUAAAUCAAGGCGGCGAGCCGCUGGCGCCGCCCCGGAGACUCCGUAACGAUUCGUACUUGGGGGCCAUCGGCCGAGACAAUAUAAUGGUGCGAGCGGGGAUGCAAAACGUGCUGCAAGUGUUCAUGACGCAAGCGGCGAACGUGUUCGUGGCGAGCGCGAGCCCCGUGGCGCCGCCGGGUGCGCUCGGCCCGCAGCUCGACGAGCAGACCGACACGUGCAAGCGCGUGCUCAAUAUAUACAGAUACAUGGUCAUGCACAUUGCUAUGGAUGCCGGCUCUUGGGAACAAUUAUUACUGGUGUUAUUACAAAUAACAUCAUUAGUACUGACAAAAGUGCCACCUAAAAGGAAACAAGAUACUUUAGGUGGUUUUCUGGCGCCAGCAUUAUUCCAAACUUUAAUAGUGACAUGGAUUAAAGCUAAUUUGAAUGUUGCUGUAAAACCUGAAUUGUGGCAAAAUUUUAUGGAGCUAUUGACUCGUCUUACGCAUUGGGAAGAUCUGAUAAAAGAAUGGGCGAAAACAAUGGAAACCUUAACCCGUGUGCUAGCGCGGCACGUAUACUCGCUGGAACUAUCCGAGACGACGGCAGCGGAGGGCCGCGCGCGAGGCCGCCGCCCCGCGCCCGCGCCCGCGCCGCGCCCUGCGCCCCUGCGGCGCCCUACGCUCGCCACUAGCGAUACGAGGACUCCUGGCAAGUCGCCGCGCACGAGCCACGAGACGCACCCGCGCAAGGAGGCAGGCGCGCGGCGGCCGCUGGCGCGCUGUCGCAGCGACCCGCACCUGGCGCGCGCGCCUGCGCCGCACGCGCACCAACCCACAGAAGAAACCAAAGAAACAACCAGUAAUAAACCAAGACGAUGGUAUUCUCUGGAUUCACUAAGACAAUCAUCACAACAGGAGGAGAGGGAUUCUGCUAGUGGUUCUCGGUCUCCAUCUCCAGCUCCUUCAAGUGGUGUGGAAAGUAGCUCCAUCAAGGACUCCCCUUUGCAAAUUGAUCUGGCUUCAGAUGGUGGAAACGUUGAAUGGUCGGAAACUGACGGCGCGGGCGCCGUGGGCGGUGCGGGUGGAGUGGGCGUGGGCUCGGGCGGCGGCGCGGGCGUGGGCGUGGCGCUGGGCGGCGCGGCGCGCGGCUGGCUGCCGGACGUGGCGUGCGUGCUGUGGCGCCGCAUGCUGGCCGCGCUCGGCGACCCCAACGCGCUGCGCGACCCGCAUGCGCACCACCAUCUCUUUAAUUACCUCGUACAUCUCAAUGCUACGCUUAUUAAGAUAAGUGCAAACCAAACUCUCAAUGGCAAUACGGAAAUCCAUGUGCCGUUUAACCUCGUGGCGGGAUGGUGUCUCGAAGCAGAGGCGCUACCGUCUUCACAUAGGGCGGGCAAGUUGGUAGCGCUAAGAUUGUUAUGCGAGUCGACGGCGGCGCAGGCACAGGGCCCGGGCGCGCCCUCGAGUUGCAAUGGACGACCCCAUCUUGCCCAUUUGCAUUUAUAUCUACGAGCCUUGCAUCAUGGCCUGACGGGCGAGGACAGGUCCGUGGUGGACGUGCUGGUAGAGCACGCGGCGCCGCGGUACCUGUCGCUGGCGCUGGAGGGGCACUCGCUGCUGUUGCUGGACUUCGUGCACGCUUCCACUGUUGUGCUCAACUCCUCGGAUAUGGGGCCUUCGUGUCCCCGCACGGCUGCAGUAACGUUUCUAGGAUCUCUGUUGGCUUUACCUGAUGGAAUGAUGAAUGCUCCGAUGCUGCAGCCCUAUCCUCACCAAUACAAUACUGUGUCUUGUCCAGAUCUGAAGGAGCACGUCCUGAACAUAGUGGUGCGCGUGUGCCGGCGCGAGGGCGCGGCGGCGGCGCGCUGCGCGGGCGCGUGCGCGCUGGCGGCGCACUGCGCGCACCUGCUGGCCACGCGCGCGCACUGCCCGCGCUUGCCCGCCUACGUCACCUGCUUGCUGCAGAUGCUUAUGAUGAAAAACAAAACUAUAGCAAAAAUAGUGAGUGAUGCUGUUUUAGUAUUAGCGGAUUACACUGACUGCAUCGUCGAGUUGUAUCCCGGCCUCGCAGAAAAAAUAAUAAAGUGGAUAUGCGCAUGCCUCGCGCAAAUAUCGAACAGCAGCGCGCGCGAGGCGGUGAAGCCGCUGGCGGGCUCUCUGCUGCUGUGCCUGGCUGAGUUCGCGGUGCGCUGCGGGCCGGCGCGUCUGCUGCGCGCGUGCGACGCCGGCCAGACGGUGCUGUUGGUUAUAUUUAAGGUGUUGUAUGCAGUUAUGAAUGGAACAAAUGGAUCUGAUAUCGAAGGUCUCUCGUUGCCCGUUGAUGAGGACUUCGACCCUAAUAUUCAAUUGGACAAUUUGGCGCCGAAGUCAACUCCAGCCUCUACCAUUGACGUCAAACUUUGGGCUCAAACGAUCUGUUCCCAACUGGUGCUAUACCUGGGCCACUGGCCGCUGUGGAGCGGGUGCCAGAUAUCGUCGAGCGUGUGCGAGCAGCACGACAGCCCGGCCCUGGGCGCGGAGCUGGGCGCCGCCGUGCUGGCCGCGCCGCACGUGCAGCUGCUGCGCCUCAGCGACGCCACGCUCGCCAGCUUCGUGGAGUUGCCGGCUAUUGAGCCGCCGUGUGGCGGGACUACGCCGGGUUUAAUGACAUCGGACCGUCAAGUGCGAGUGCUGCUACGCGACAUCUGCGGCAAGGCGUGCUGGGACGCCUCCGCGCUGUACUACGACCCGUCCGUCAACUCGUCGGAGCCGCUUGAACCACUGCCGUUGCCUCCUACGAUAGAUUGUCCAAGGGACAAUACAUUAUCUUCACUGCCACCACCCCUGCCACCUGAUUUGUUGCCAGAUUACAAAAAUUCACCACCGGAUAAACAUCAAUUAGAUCACAUCCUGGCGUACAUCGGGCACACGUCGCCGGAGGUGGCGUGCGGGCGGCGGCUGGACGAGGCGGGCGCGUCGCCGCUGGCGCCGGGCGCGGAGGACGAGCUGGUGUGCGCGCUGGUGGCGCACGGCAACGCCGAGCGGCAGUACCUGGCCAACCGGGACAGCGACGAGGAGUGCGAGGAGGGCGGCGCGGAGGCGGCGGGCGCGGGCGGCGCGGGGGGCGCGGCGGCGCACAGCCGCGGGCUGGUGGCGCAGCUGGGCUCGCUGAGCGCGGCGCGGCGGCCGCACGCGCAGCUGCUGCGCCGCUCCGACCGCCUGCUGCGCGAGCUGCGCAACCUCGACCAGCAGAGGUGUCGAGAAACACAUAAAGUAGCAGUAAUUUACGUGGGCAAGGGACAGGAGACGCGCAAUGAGAUCUUGUCAAAUCGCUGCGGCAGUCCUGCUUAUGAAGCGUUUUUGGCUGCCCUCGCGUGGGAGGUGGAGCUGGAGUCGCACGUGGGGUUUGCGGGUGGGUUACGCGGCGGCGGCGGCGGCGGCGUCAGCGCGCCCUAUAUUGCCACGCUCACGCUCGAGGCGCUGUUCCACGUGGCCACGCGCAUGCCCGCCGACACGCCAGACGCUAUACUCAACAAGACACGUCACCUCGGCAACGACGAGGUGCACGUGGUGUGGAGCGAGCACUGGCGGCCGUACAAGCGCGACACGCUGCCCACGCAGUUCUGCGACGUGCUCAUUGUGCUGUACCCGCUGCCCGGCGGCCUGCUGCGCUGCACCGUCUCGCGCAAACCAGACGUGGCGGUGUUCGGUCCGCUGUGGGAGGAGUGCCUGGUGCGCGUGAGCUGCGGCGCGGCGCUGGUGCGCGGCGCGGCCUUCGCGGGCGGGCGGGCCGUGCGCGCCACCAUGCCGCUGUACCAGCACGCCUGCAGCGAGCGCGCGCGCGACCUUGACGCGCUCGUGGCGCACCACACGCUGCCCGCCACCUUCGAGACCUUCGUCACGCGCGUGCGCGACCCCGUGCCCCACGCGCCCCACCACGUGCCCCACGGCGCAGAUCAGAGCAGCGGUCGGCUCGCCAACGCGCUGAUCGACCACGGCGCGGCGUGGAGUGGCUGCGAGCCGCACUCCGUGUCGCCGCGCCCCACCAAGCGUCACGGGCCCUUCAAGCGCCCGCCGCAAACACACAACCGA